GAGGAACCCGACGCACGGCUUCCAGAGCGAGUUCGGCAUGGACGCCGACGGCUCCCUCCCGCUCCAGGCGGCCUUCUUCCUGCUCUUCUCGCUCGCGGCGGCCGCGGCCUGCUCCGCCACCGGGCUGCCGGGGCGCCGGAGCGUGCGCUCGGAGGCCACGCGUUCUCGGCCAUGGGUGAGGCUGCUGCAGGCGUCCAGCGUGCUCUCCGCGCUCGGGUGCGGUCUGCUGGCCAUGCACCACCUCGUGUUCGCCUUUGAUGGCUGGGGCCUCAGGUGGGCGUCGCUGCUGGCGUCCCUGAUGGCCUGCGGCGCGAAGCUGGUGCUCAGCGCCCUGCAGCUCUUCAUCGCCGGGCGGGGCCUCGGGCCAUCGAGAGCAAACGUCGGCGGCGAGCGAGCUGCGGUCGGGGGUUCGGGCUCGGCGGUUCGAGGUUCGAGGGCGUCUUCGUCGGUCUUCGGCGGCUUUCCAGCCUCGGGAUGCUUGCCAGCAGCUGCGCAUCGCCGAGGGCGUUUUGGGGGUGCCCGGAUCGUCCCGAGCGGCCGCCAGAGACGCGAGUUAUGACCCAAAAGCCACAUUCGGCG